UAUUAUGAUGAAUCAUUAUUGAUCCUAUCCUACAAAAACAGAAACAUAGCUGACGGUGCGUGACAGAGAGGAGAAAAUGGCGAUCGCAGUAACAAGUAGACAAUUAUUCAUAGAUGGAGAAUGGAGAGUUCCUCACCUCAACAAAAGGAUUCCAAUCAUCAAUCCUUCAACUCAAAACAUCAUAGGGGAUAUACCAGCUGCCACUAAGGAAGAUGUUGAUCUUGCUGUGGAUGCUGCUAAAAGAGCUAUCUCUAGAAACAAGGGUAGAGAUUGGUCUAAUGCUUCUGGUUCUGUUCGUGCUGGUUAUCUAAGAGCCAUAGCUGCAAAGAUAACGGAGAAAAAGAAUGAACUAGGCAAGCUUGAAUCAAUUGAUUGUGGAAAACCACUGGAUGAAGCACUAGCCGACCUGGAUGAUGUUAUUGGUUGUUUUGAGUACUAUGCUGGGCUUGCUGAAGGGUUGGAUGCAAAGCAAAAGGCUCCUGUAUCUCUUCCUUUGGAGACCUUCAAGAGCUAUGUUCUCAAGGAGCCUAUUGGUGUUGUUGCCUUAAUUACUCCAUGGAACUAUCCUCUCUUAAUGGCAACCUGGAAAGUUGCUCCAGCUCUGGCUGCUGGUUGUGCUGCAAUAUUGAAGCCGUCUGAAUUGGCAUCUCUGACCUGUUUGGAGCUAGGCGAAAUAUGCAGAGAAGUUGGUCUUCCUCCUGGUGUCUUAAAUAUUGUCACUGGAUUAGGCCAUGAAGCUGGUGCUUCUUUGGCAUCCCAUCCUGAUGUAGAUAAGAUUGCCUUUACUGGUAGCUCUGCAACUGGGAGUAGGAUUAUGACAGCAGCAGCAGAGCUAAUCAAGCCUGUUUCACUAGAGCUUGGUGGAAAGAGUCCAAUCAUUGUUUUUGAGGAUGUUGACCUUGAUAAGGUUGCUGAAUGGACCAUCCUUGGUUGCUUCUUUACAAAUGGUCAGAUAUGUAGUGCAACAUCUCGCCUGAUUGUGCAUGAAAGUAUAGCAUCAGAAUUUGUGAAUAGACUUGUGAAAUGGGCCGAAAACAUCAAAAUUUCGGAUCCCUUGGAAGAAGGAUGCAGGCUAGGACCUGUUAUCAGUGAAGCACAGUAUAAGAAAGUAUUGAAUUUUAUCUCAACGGCUAAAAAUGAGGGUGCAACAAUUUUGACUGGUGGGCGUCGCCCAGAGCAUUUAAAGAGGGGGUACUUUGUUGAACCAACCAUCAUAACAGAUGUGACUACCUCAAUGCAAAUUUGGAGAGAAGAAGUUUUUGGACCUGUACUCGCUGUAAAAACAUUUAGCACUGAGGAAGAAGCUAUUGAUCUAGCAAAUGACACCCACUAUGGCUUGGGGUCUGCCGUAAUGUCAAAUGAUUUAGAAAGAUGUGAGCGCCUAUCUAAGGCUCUUCAAGCUGGAAUUGUAUGGAUCAAUUGUGCUCAACCAAGCUUCAUCCAAGCCCCAUGGGGAGGCAUUAAACGUAGCGGCUUUGGUCGCGAAUUAGGAGAAUGGGGACUUGAUAACUACUUGAGUGUGAAGCAAGUUACUAGGUACAUAUCUGAUGAGCAGUGGGGUUGGUAUCAAUCUCCUUCAAAGCUGUGAUAGUUAACCAUGUAAAAGUGAGUGAGUGUUGAUAACUUUGAUAACGAAAAUCUGACAUGGAAUAAGGUGUGGUGUUGGUGAAACCAAGUUAUUAUGAUCUUAACUUGGGGGGACAUACUAUUAUAUUAUCAUGUUAUAUAUAAUAUAGCAACAAAACAAUUUUGUUGCAUGAUCAUGUUAAUGCUGGUUGUGUUGCCUUUUAUUUUAUUUGAAUGGAAUCGAAAUAGACUUUUUUGUCAGGUCAUUUAUGGAUGCAUAGAUGUGAAUAUUGUGUUGGAUGUGUGGAAAGACUGAAUGAGAUACAAUUAGGAGUGAAAGCGUUUGAGAGAGUAAGAGUAGCACCUAUAAUAGAAAAAAUGGUACAAACUGGGCUUAAGUGGUUGUGGCAUGUGGAGAGAAGACAUGUAGAUUCUCUAGUAAUGAAAGUAGAUCAAAUGGAGAAUAAUCAAAUCCCCAGAGGUAAAGAAAGACCUAAAAAAAUUAUAAAAGAAACUAUCUGGAGAAACAUAGAGAUUAAUAAGCUAGAAAGAGAUAUAUUAUAUGAUAGAAUAUUAUUGUGUCAUUUGAUCCAUGUAAUCGACUUCACUUCCAAAACUACUUAAGCCCAGUUUGUACCAUAUUUUCUACUAUAGGUGCUACUCUUACUCUCUCGAACGCUUUCACUCCUAAUUGUAUCUCAUUCAGUCUUUCCACACAUCCAACACAAUAUUCACAUCUAUGCAUCCAUAAAUGACCUGACAAAAAAGGCUAUUUCGAUUUCAUUCAAAUAAUAUCUGGAGAAACAUAGAGAUUAAUAAGCUAGAAAGAUAUAUAUUAUAUGAUAGAAUAUUAUAGUGUCAUUUGAUCCAUGUAAUCGACUUCACUUAAUGGGAUAAGAUUUGAUUGUUGUUGUUGUCUUCGUUUA